AUGGAAGGGAGCAAAUGUCAUUUCAUCAAAAAGGACUCUGCAUCAACGCAAAUGAGAAGCGAGAGCCACGCCUUCCAGUGUCCUGAUACCAAUUGCGGACGCCGAUUUAACCGCAAAUACACGCUCAUGGAGCAUAUUAAAACCCACACGGGCGAGCGCCCGUACGUCUGUCGUGCCUAUGGCUGUGGAAAGCGUUUUAGUACGUCAGGCAAUCUAUCUCGACAUAUGCGUCUUCACGGUGCUAUUGAGCCUGUGCAUUGUCCCGUACAAGACUGCUCAUGCGAGUUUAUGAGCGAUAUCAAGCUGGCCAAGCACAUGCGCUCACACUACGUAUCAAAAGUACACACAUGCAAGGUUUAUCUAUGUGGUAAAUCUUUUAGUACUACGGGUAACCUCAAUCGCCACCUCAAGAAUCAACACACAAAGCAAGAGCGGGAGCAUUGUUCUCCACCAUCGUCGCCUUUGCCAAUUUCAAUGUCCAUUUGCAGUACCCCAUCGAAUUACAAGUCCGUAAAUUUUGCGCGCGACAGCCCUACCGGUAUUGAACAAGACUGGGUAUACAAUGCAUGGAAACUUGCUUUAAAGUCGAUCGAAGUGGACCUUCCAGAUCCAUUUGAGACUGCGUGCACGACGCCAUGGUCGCCUGAGAUGCUCCAGAUAGUGGGAUAUGGUAAGGGUAUUACAAAGGAAACUUUGGCGAAUGGAAACGGCCCGACACCCACAAAGGGCGCGUCCGUGACAGUACAUUGCACUGGCUACGGCAAGGACCGCGACCUAAAUCAAAAGUUCUGGAGUACGAAGGAUCCUGGUCAAACACCCUUCACUUUUAAGGUUGGGCUCGGCCAGGUGAUCAAAGGAUGGGACGAAGGAGUACUAGGCAUGAAGCUUGGCGAGCAAGCUCGUCUUACCUGUUCUCCUGAUUAUGCAUACGGAGCCGGUGGUUUUCCAGCUUGGGGAUAUCCUUUUUACUAUUUCGUUUCAUAA